CCGUCUCAUUCCAUCCAUCCAAAAUAGGCCUCUCGGAUGUCAUCUCUGGGAAGCCCUCCCGGUCCCUCCCUCCCGGUGCCUUCCCACGGGCACUCUGUUUAUACCUGGCGCGUCGCCCUCUCCACCCAGGGUUGGAGUCGAGUUGUGUAAGUCGCUCUCCUCCAGGCUUCGUGAAGGCAGCAGCUGGAUUCCAGAGAUGGUGACGGUUCGUGGUUUAAUGAAAUCGUUCCUCUUUGGGAGAAUUUCUGUUUAGGCGCCCUGCAACUCCAGUAGUGACUGUAGCUAAAGUCCGCACACUUGCUGUGUCGCAGCACUGGACCGAACACCUUGUGUGCAUUGUCGUCUUUCAUGAUCUUCACACCAGCCCUGUUAGCCGGGGAAAUGUCUGAUGAGGAGAUCAAAAAGAAGACACUAGCUUCAGCCGUAGCCUCUUUAGAAGGGAAGUCACCAGGGGAGAAAGCAGCAAUCAUACAUCAGCAUCUUGGCCGUCGAGAAAUGACAGAUAUGAUCAUUGAGACCAUGAAGUCCAAUCCAGAUGAGCUGAAUGCCACAGUGGAAGAAAGGAAGUCUUCAGAAGCAUCUCCCACUGUACAGAGAAGUAAAAAUCCAAGUGUAGAAUGCAUAAAUGCUGCUCCCGAUUCUCCAUCCAAACAGCUUCCAGACCAGAUUUCGUUCUUUAGUGGAAACCCAUCAGUUGAAAUAGUUCAUGGUAUUAUGCAUCUAUACAAGACAAAUAAGAUGACCUCCUUAAAAGAAGAUGUGAGACGCAGUGCCAUGCUGUGUAUUCUCACAGUCCCUGCUACAAUGACCAGUCAUGACCUUAUGAAGUUUGUCGCCCCCUUUAAUGAAGUCAUUGAACAAAUGAAAAUCAUCAGAGAUUCUACUCCAAAUCAGUAUAUGGUGCUGAUAAAGUUUAGUGCACAGGCUGAUGCAGAUAGUUUUUAUAUGGCGUGCAAUGGCCGCCAGUUCAACUCAAUAGAAGAUGAUGUUUGCCAGCUGGUGUAUGUGGAAAGGGCUGAAGUACUGAAAUCUGAAGAUGGCGCCAGCCUCCCCGUGAUGGAUCUGACCGAGCUCCCCAAGUGCACGGUAUGUCUGGAGCGCAUGGACGAGUCCGUGAACGGCAUCCUCACUACGUUAUGUAACCACAGCUUCCACAGCCAGUGCCUGCAGCGCUGGGACGACACCACGUGUCCCGUGUGCCGGUACUGCCAAACACCAGAGCCAGUGGAAGAGAAUAAGUGUUUCGAGUGUGGUGUGCAGGAAAACCUGUGGAUUUGUUUAAUAUGUGGCCACAUAGGAUGUGGACGGUACGUGAGUCGACAUGCUUAUAAGCACUUUGAGGAAACGCAGCACACGUAUGCCAUGCAGCUCACCAACCAUCGAGUCUGGGACUAUGCCGGAGAUAACUAUGUCCAUCGACUGGUUGCAAGUAAAACAGAUGGAAAAAUCGUACAGUAUGAAUGUGAGGGUGAUACCUGCCAGGAAGAGAAAAUAGAUGCCUUACAGUUAGAGUAUUCGUAUUUACUAACAAGCCAGCUGGAAUCUCAGCGAAUCUACUGGGAAAACAAGAUAGUUCGGAUAGAGAAGGACACAGCAGAGGAAAUUAACAACAUGAAGACCAAAUUUAAAGAAACAAUUGAGAAAUGUGAUAAUCUGGAGCAUAGACUAAAUGAUCUCCUAAAAGAAAAGCAGUCUGUGGAAAGAAAGUGCACCCAACUAAACACGAAAGUGGCCAAACUUACCACAGAGCUCAAAGAGGAGCAGGAAAUGAACAAGUGUUUGCGAGCCAACCAGGUCCUCCUGCAGAACAAACUCAAGGAGGAGGAGAGGGUGUUGAAGGAGACCUGCGACCAGAAGGAUCUGCAGAUCACGGAGAUCCAGGAGCAGCUGCGUGACGUCAUGUUCUACCUGGAGGCACAGCAGAAGAUCAACCACCUGCCUGCCGAGACCCGGCAGGAAAUCCAGGAGGGACAGAUCAACAUCGCCAUGGCCUCGGCCUCCAGCCCCCCGUCUUCGGGGGGCAGUGGGAAGCUGCCUUCCAGGAAAGGCCGCAGCAAGAGGGGCAAGUGACCUCUGGGAAACAGACGUCCCUGAGACUGUUUUCCCUGGCGCGGCGGGGGUGCGCUGGGGCUCCAGUGUGAGGGUGGACCUUGAGCAAGUACAAGUGAGGACGGAGCCGCCGUUGUUUGGGUCUUUUCUUUGCGGGCACAUGCUG